ACAUCUGACUGUGUGGGGAAGAGUCUCGCGUGACUACCGAGUACAGGAUAAGGCAGUUAACACUUGCUCCUCAAGCGGAAGGAUUCUUCCACAAUGCCAGUGUUGCUUCUGAUGCCAUUGCUGUUGGCUACUUGCCAUAUUUUACCGGCGGUGUCCAAUACUGACCGGAACAGACCAGAUGGAGUCCCCACUUUCACUGCGUCACAGAAGAUGAUGAUAUAUUCCCGGGCCGAGAUGCGUCUCCAGGAGGAGCUGAGGGAGGAGGGCAACUUCAGAUCAUCAGAUUUGAAAUUCUCGAAGCCAGGUUCAACUGCUGACCAACAUAACAAGUUCACGUUUACUGCAUCAGAGAGCGUUAAGCGAGGAAGGCAACAUCGUCUUCACCUGCUGCAGGUUCAAGAGUUGGUGGAGGAGGGAAAAGUACAAAAGGCGGACAUACCGGAGCUGCUUGCAAGAGGUUUGGGCCCAGAGAUUACAUGCACAAGUAAUCUUGCUUGUAACAGUUCCUACGAGUUCCGGACACCUGACGGCAGCUGUAACAACCUUAAGCAUCCUACGUGGGGGAUGACGCUCACACCGAUGAGGCGGUGGCUGGACCAGGAAUAUGAUGAUGGAAUUUCCUCUCCAAGAGUUAACGCAAUUGGAGGAGGGGACUUGCCCAGUGCCCGCCUGGUCAGCACGACCGUUCACACCCCGUCAACUGAAGCUGACCUUCACGUCAACUACACCCACAUGCUGAUGCAGUGGGGUCAGUUCCUGGAUCACGACAUCACCAGCACACCGACACAACAGCUGGAAGUGACGGAGGACGAUGGAUCUACUACAACUGCAGCGACACUUGAUUGCUGUGGAUCUCAACAGUCUAACAGACCUCAAUGCUUUUCAAUUGAAAUCCCAGAGCGAGACCGACACUUCAGUUCUAACUGUAUGAACUUUGUGCGUUCUGUUCAAGUGGAAAACUCCAAGUGUCAAGCAGCUCCCGUGGAACAGCUGAACCAGAUCACAGCCUACAUAGAUGCUUCAAAUGUGUAUGGGUCGUCACUGGAAGAACAGAACAAACUACGGUCAUUUGUUGACGGAUUACUGAAAACAAUUGAAAACCAUCUGCCUGAAGCCGAAGUUGGUGGAGAUGAAUGUACAACACCAGACAGCCCCAGUUAUUGCUUUUUGGCAGGUGACCACCGUGUAAAUGAGAACCCCAUUCUACAGAGCAUGCACACCAUAUUCAUGAGGGAACACAACCGUAUUGCAAGGAGGCUGAAGCAACUGAACUGUCACUGGGGGGAUGAAAGAACCUUCCAGGAAGCCAGGAAAGUAGUUGGAGCUAUUAUGCAGGAAAUCACAUACGACGAAUACCUACCAAUCAUCCUCGGCCCAACAACCAUGAAUGACUAUGGACUGACUCUAGGCUCUGGCACGGCGUACGCUAAUGUCUAUAGCACAACAACAGACGCCAGCAUCAGGAACGCCUUUGCAGCAGCAGUCUUCAGAAUGGGACACUCCAUGAUCCGAAGCUUCAUGAGCAGUUUCAACGUGGCCUAUGCCAAUGUUGGUCAAGACAGACUUAGUGAUACUUUCGGAAACACCAACCUGAUACUGAGUGCAACAAACAGACACGUUGGCCAUUACUGCAGAGGUCUGGUCGAGGACUGCGUCCAGUCAGUGGACAGCAAACUGUCACAGGAGGUAACUGACCAUCUCUUCCCUGAUGCUGAUGGAAAUAGUCUUGAUCUGGCCGCUCUCAACAUUCAGAGAGGAAGGGACCAUGGUCUGCCUCCCUACACUCACUGGAGGCGUUUUUGUGGUGUUCCUGAUGUGACCUCUAUCGCAGAUCUUGUAUCGACGCACACUGCAGCGUCUGUUUCACAACUUGCGACUGUAUAUGCAGAUGUGAACGACAUUGACCUGUUCACUGGAGGACUGUCAGAGAUGCCAGUAGCAGGUGGACUUGUUGGACCGACCUUUGCUUGUCUGCUGGGAAAACAGUUCGAGGCUCUCAAGAAAGGAGACCGAUUCUGGCAUGAGGAAGACAACGACUUCGUGAAAUUUACCCCAGCUCAGCUGGAGCAGAUCAGGAAAUCGAGCCUGUCCCGUGUCGUGUGUGACAACACAAACACAAACAGCAUACAAUCAAACGCAUUUGUCAAGGAUUCAGUGGUCUCGUGUAGUUCUCUGGAUGAAAUUGACCUGACUCCAUGGAAGGAGGUCCAAGGCACAUGGUCGGGUUGGACUUCCUGGGGACCAUGCAGUGGUGGUAUCCAAAGACGCAGCCGCAUAUGUGGCCCUUGUAACUGUGGCUGUGAAGGCCCCAACGUAGACUUCAGGUUGUGCACGGCUGUAGUGGACGGGUAUGGGUGGACUAAAUGGGGCAAAUGGGGAGGCUGUAACAAAGAGAUAAGAACUCGAACUAGGGAUUGUCUUUGUCCCGGGGUCGGCUUGCAGUCAAUCAGCUGCAAAAUUUCGAUCGAGGAUGCUUUGCUCCAAGAAGCAAAAUCGAAAAAUCCUUAAGAUAAAUGAUCACGAAACAUAGCUCAGUAUGUUCAAAGGUACCCAAUAGUAUCCCAGCAGGUACCAAAUAGUAUUAAACCUACGAAGAUGUGUUCACUUGUAAUAUCGUAGGAUCCAUAACCACUAUUGUAAUGCUUGUAUCAUGAAUCAAAAGGGUUCACACUGCUCUGCACAGCUCCCUCCGUUCAGACAACAAUCAUUUGACCUCUUCGGACAUUGAAAACGACGUUAAUCCUAACCUAAGCCAGAGACUGUCAUGAUUUUCAUGAUUUUCCAAGAAACGAAAACAAGACUUAUGCAUAUUGAAAGAAUGAUAUUAUGAAAUCAAAUAUAACAAACCAUGUUUCUCAAGCCUGAAUCUAUUGACUUGAGAAUAAGGCUUUACUGACAACUACAAUAACAUUUCAUCACAAUGACAAUAAAAUAAAAUGAUUUCAUCACAAUGA